AUGGCGGAAUUCCCUCUAGUUCCGCAGAUGGCGAAAAUUCUAAUUACGUCAGCAGAGUUGAAUUGUUCCAAUGAGAUAUUGUCGAUAACUGCGAUGUUAUCCGUUCCCAGGGGUUUGGUCGACCAAAUGAAAUGGAUGAAGCGAAGGCACGAUUUGCACACGUCGAUGAUCGCCGGCAGUUUGUUUCGUUUUUGUCCAUUCAGUGACUUGUAUCUACUGCAUCGGAGUCAAGAUACUAGAUUUGAUCAAGUUUAUUCUUAG